UUGAACAGAUAUUUCCUAUUUCUGUUGUGGACGCCAUGAUGGUGCCAGUGGUCGUCUGCCUCUGUGUAUUAUUGGCCAGUGGUAGCUCUUUCAUUCUGGACGGGAUUUCACAACCAGUCAACAUUUACGUGUCGCCUCAUGGAAAUGACCAUAACGACGGACGGAGUGUGCACCAUCCAGUAAAAACUUUCAGAAAGACUGCAACACUUCUAAAUUCACAUAGCUUGCAAAAUAAAGAUGUGACAGUCAAUCUGAUGCAAGGGUACUACGACUUGGAUUCCACAUUGCACAUUAACCACCAAGGCCCGCACACUGUCACCAUCCAAGCCUAUAAUGACCAGGAAGUCCAUGUGACAGGAGGUAAAAGGAUUCCCAGUAACUUGUUCCACAAAGUAACAAACCACUCCAUCUUGCAACGUCUUCCACUACAGGCUCGUGACAAGGUAUAUCAAGUAAAACUGUCUGCUGCGGGUAUUACGAACCUGGGACAAUUAACUCCAUACGGGUUCUAUAAAACCAGACAUGCGCCGUUGGAGGUGUUUUACAAUGGUGCUCCUCUCCGUUUGGCAAGAUGGCCAAACGAAGGAUUUAUCAAUAUCAAGCACGUUCUGGAUGGCACUCAUGGGCGUCGAUUUUCGUAUGACAGCGACCGACCAAGGAGAUGGUCAUCUGAAAACGACUUGUGGACCUUUGGAUACUGGUACUGGAGUUGGGCGGAUCUGUCUGCUAAAGUACAAUCCAUAGACACUGUGAAUAACGUGGUAGAGCUCCAGCAUGCAACUAGGUUUGGUCUACGAGAAGGUAAAUUCAACAAUCAAUCUAACACAGAUGUCAGAUAUCUUGAUCAAGGAGGAUAUUUUCGCUUCUUAAAUGUUCUAGGGGAAAUCGAUGAACCGGGUGAAUAUUACGUCGACAGAUCGUCUGGAAUAUUGUAUCUAUGGCCACCGACAUCCGCCGGACUAAUUAACAAUCAGGACAUAAUUUACGCAUCUUUAAUUGAUGACUGUGUGAACUUCGGUAGUUCCAAUAACAUGGUAUUCAGAGGAUUCACUGUGGAAGCUUGUAGAACAUUCGGAAUGAGAGGAAACCACGUGAACAGGAUCACCAUUGACAGGAUGGAGAUCAAGAACACGGGUUCUUACAACAUCGACAUCACGGCGGACUCUCGCAAUAUCACCGUAAGUCGGUGUAAUCUUCAUGAUGGCGAUGGAGGCAUUGUCAUGAUGGGUGGCGAUCGUGCUACUCUGACACCGUCCGGAAACUUGGUGACAGAUAACCUCAUCUGGAGAUUCGGCCGAGAGACGGGCGUGGGUGCCAACGCCUUGUCCCUGAGCGGGGUGGGGACACUGGUACAGUACAACAAUAUGCACACUGGACAAUACACGGCCAUUCGAUGGAGUGGAAAUUACCAUGUGAUAGAAUAUAACAAUGUGCACCAUACCUGCCAAAAUAGUUCUGACUGCGGAGGGAUACACUCAGGGAGGGAUUGGACCUACAGAGGAAACAUUAUUCGUAAAAAUCAUAUUCACCACACUCUUCGAUUCCUCCCCGGAGCGGAUGUACGUGGGAUUAUGUUAGAUGACCAAUACUCCUCGGUCACUAUCGAGGACAAUGUAUUUUAUGACAACGAAGUUCACACCAACAUUGGUGGUGGUCGGGAUAAUAUAAUUCGAAACAAUAUCUUCUAUAACGCGACUCUAUCCGCCAUGCAAGUCGACAGCAGAGGGGUCAAACAUACGAACGAUGGAUCACUCUACAACUCACUGAAGAAAGUACCUUUCAAAACCGGAAUUUGGGCUUCAAAAUAUCCGAAGUUGGCAGUUAUUGAAGCGAACAGUCCCAGUGAACCAAGAGGUAAUCAGAUUUAUAACAAUAUAUUUUAUGGAUCAAAGACAUCGAAUAUAGUGGGACUCGUUCGGAAUUUGGAUUGGUUCAACGUUACGGGAAACGCUUAUUCUGACCUUACCUCUGACUUCUAUGACGUGGGUGUGAAAGACUUCCGGCCGAGAUGCAUGUUAUCACAGUUUACACAGAGAGUUCAUUUUCCGGUUCCGGUGCAACUGAACGAGACUGGUCCCCGAUACCCGGUCGGACCAGUAUACAACAGCAAAAAGUAUGCGGAGGCCCAUCUGAUUACGUCACAGUCUCCAUCCCCUUGUGCUACGUAUGCACCUGCAACAUUGGCGCCACGAGGAUCUUAUCUACCCGAUGGAUCCGCCCCAAACACCAUUCACUCCACCCCUAAACACGGAUGUUGGUUGUUUGUGGAAAAGUGUGCCGCCCACCCAGAAUUGAUAUCAGGAAACCAAACACAGUUUUAUAAAGACUCUGAUUCCAUGGCCAGUACAAGGCAGUCUAGUUGCCUGCAGCGAGUUCCACAUUACGUCCAAUACUGUGGAUCAGAGUCCUUUUUCUACAUUAUAUACGGACCCACAGGAGCGAUGACUUUGGGUGGGAAUGCGGGGUGUUUCUUUGCCGAUUUUGGAUGUCCUGAUCAUAAUCACCACCUUCCGAAAACAGGAAACAUUUAUCACGAUUACUACGCCGAGCGUGCGCAGAAUGCUUCUCAUGUGCAACAAAACUGCUUGUUACGUCCCUUAGCGCAAUACAGAUAUUGUGGUAGUCACGAAAAUUAUCCCAUAACAAGUAUAUUUCUACCAACAGGUAACACGGUGACAGCGGGGGGUGGAUGUUGGAUUCAAAUGGACGCAUGUGUGGCGGACACGUCCAUACACAAUUCUUUUUAUGAUGCUCUGGGGGCUAGCAGUGCCGGGUCAGAUAUCAGCCCCGAGUCAUGUUUUAGCCGCGCUGAGUACUACUGGCACCACCGUUCCUACCCGGUAACAGCGUUUUAUCGCCCGGAAGCCGUGUCAUACGUAUAUCCGUCAUCAUAACUUAAGUUGUACAUACUGUAUUUUGAACUAUUUCGCUGUAUUAUAUUUUUCACCGUCUUCGCCAACGUGUUUUCUGAGCGAACUGAAAAUGAGGCUGAUAACAAACAAUAUUUAUAAUCCUUGAGGUGCAAAUGAAAUAGUGCGAAAUUCAAACGGGACAAAAUGGGCUUCCAGGACGUCGCUCAAAUCAUACGCUUCUGAAGUUUCCCAAAAUACAGUAUUGCAAUCUAAAAUCUUAUCUUAUUAAUGAUUUCAUGUAAGCAAUAAAAAAGUGCUUAUCGAAA